AUGCUGGCCCAUAUCAAUCAAGCACACUUCAAGCGCAUCAUGGCCGCGAUGGAUCUGGACCACCGACUGUCGGACACGAGCCGUGCGACGAAGGAAGCUGAGCCCGAGUCUGAGCUGAGUCCGGAAGCUGAGAGAAGCUACGCGGAGUCUGCGCUGAGCCUCGAGUGUGAUGAUCGGAGUUCCCGCUCAAGCCGAGAAGCUGAGCGGAGCCAGGUGGAGUCUGAGCUCAACCUCCCUAGUAGUUAUGGAGCCGUCGCCCAAGAUGCCGAGCUGACUGAAGUGCCGGGUGAAGAGUCGCUGGACCUAAGUCCAGACAGUGGUACUGACGACGAAGUGGGUGGUACCGGCGAGUACACUCAUGCGGUGUAUCAGCCAGGAAUCAGCCUACAUUGGGUGCGACUGCUCAAGAUCGCGGACACUUCAAGCGGAUCCCAACGGCCUCCAGCGGCUCCAAGACGACACGUGCCGACGUGGAGCCGCAACAUUGGCCAAGACCAAAGGUUUCGGGCGGAUCGUCAAGGGCGCCCGGGAUACGACUUUGGACGAGUCAUGGCGACUGCUGCUGAUUCGAAGGAAACGAAGACUGGAGGUGAGAAGAGCGAGGCUUCGCUUCGGCGAAGUUUGAGAGUGGCUGGAUUGCCAGCCGAGGUGGUGCCGACGGAUGCUGAAGGGGAACCUGCGCCGUCAGGUGAGGCUGCGUCAAGUGCUGAGCCGGAAGUACCACCAACGACGGAAACGGCCGUGCCGCCGCCGAUUUCGCCUGCGAGGAAGAAGUCUGAGGAGGAACAAGGUGGUGGAGCGAGUGCUCAGUCAAGCGCUCGUGUUGGUGAGAGUCCAAGCCUGAGAGAGCCUGCUGUGAGUCGAGAGUUGACGCCGCGCAGGACUUCUGAGGCCACGACUACAACUUCUCAGCCGCAAGGUGCUAACCCAGAGCCAACUGCUGCGAAUCUCCGCAGUGGCCAAGCCGAGGGUGGCGCACUCAGCGUGCUGGGAAGUCGAGAGAUGCAGCUGCGAGCUCAAGGUGCUGCUGGGACUGGGACGGGCCCGGUCCAGUUCAGCUUUACUCCGGGAGCUGGAUACUUCGGAGCGCUGAGAGGAGUCCCCGAAGGAGUGGAAGCUGACAGCCGCGCCCUGGCCCAGCUGGCUGAGCUGUCGGAGGUCGAGAUGCUCGCGUACGGCCGGACCCAGUUCGAGAUGUGGAUGUCUGUGCCCGCUGGAGUCGCGCACCCAGUGGAUGUGGCCUAUUCGCCACGUCAUGGAGGCUACGAUCUCUGGGGUUUCAUCCGAGCGGCGGGAGCUACGGCCAGACAUCUGAUGUCUGUGACUCGGUCGCCUGCUGCGAGAUGGCUGAACGUGUUCCAUGCUGAGCGUCGACGGAUCCCUGUUGUCUCUGACCUGAAAGCAGUGCGUGUGGCGCUGAGACAGAUGCCGCCCAUUGCAUGCGUCGCUCUGUUGCAGACGAUGCUGCAUAAUGCUGACUAUGAGUUCCUGAACCAAGUCCCAGUAUGGUACACGCUGUCUGAAGUUGUUGGAGUCCCGGACUCGCAGAUCCGUUUUGAGAUCGAGCGCAUCGCCCGAUUCAUCGGAGCUGAGCUCAGUGUGACGAGUGCUCGCUCUCAGACGCCCGCGUGCAGGAUGCGCGUGUCCAGCCCGAAGGAUAUGCCGGCCAAGGAAGCGCCCAUCCACGUAGGCGGCCAAGAACACCACCGCCUAGGAAAUGACCCCGCUGGUGCUCCACGCAGCCAGCAAGCUGCGCGCGUUGCUGUCGUGACCGUUGAGAAGGUGCUGCUCUCACAGAGCACGUCCCAGCCUACGCUGCUGGCCAAGACCAACGCUUACGCACAGGCGGGUACUGCUGUCGACCAUGCGGCUGUCAAGACGGACGAAGGCUACAGAACUGGUCCCCGGGGAGGGGAGAUACCGCUGAAGACACUGAUGCAGGCCCCACCGCCCGACCGUGCAUGCAGAGGUGUUAGCGCAUGCUGGACGAAGCUAGCGCCGACCCUUUGGAGUCUUUGGUGCGGCCACGUCGUGCUCUGGGACCCGCGCAUGGCGGAGUUUGUGGGCGUCGAGGACGGCGCGUUACACAAGCGGCAGGUCGAUAAGUCGCUUGAGAACAGACAGCCCAAGCUGCCAGAUGUGGAGGUGGGCAUCCCGCCGCGGAAUACCCAGGGCAGCAAUGUGCAGACGGUGGCCAACAUGAAGUCGCCGCUUGCCAAAGACGACACAUGCUCGGGUCAGGUGGUCCAUCAAGCAGAACGGUACGCCACUGUAAUGAAGCCAAAGCACCCACGGCAAGGAGGCAAUUGUUUAGAUGCAGCACUCAAUAUGUAGUUGCAAGCAUGUCAAAUGUGAUAAGGUAAUCUAAGGCUGAUGAACGCUGA